AUGAAGGGAGAUAUCGGAGAGCAAGCGACUUGUACAACGUGUGCUUAUACCGAGGCUUGUAUGCAGAUUUCUCCGAAUUACUGGACUGCAGCCUUGUACUUUCGCCAUCAAAACGCGUCGUACAAACGCGUUCCCAUGUAUUACAAUGCGCAGCUGGACUUUAACACCUCGGAUUUGGACCACCCGGUUACUGCGUUUCCGCCUGGCUUCCGCAUGACAGUCGGCAACCCCACGACCACGACGCCGAAUGCAACCAAAAAGGGGGGACUCGCGUAUACUUGUCUCGAGACGAUUCUCACGCGUGGCUUCGAAACGCCUGAUUUUCCCAAGACGCCAGUGUCCAGCGGGCAUCAUGGCCAUACAGGCCCGUGUCCGGCGUCACAUGCAGUGUGCAUGCCGCAGCUCGCCUACGAAACCAUGUGGAAUACGACUGGCUUCAACGACAUGUGGCCGGCGGACGGGUCGCAGCCGUUUGUGUGGAGCUACGACGAUACCAGGGGCUACGGCACGCAUGCAGACUAUGUGUUUGGGUCGAAGGCCGAUAGCCUGCAGAGGGUUAUGAAUGAUAGUUGCAUGUUUCAUUUUUGUGCGAGUCCUGGCGUGCAGGGCGUGCUGAAGACGCAGACGGUCGAGGACAUGAAUGCGUGUCGGGUGGAGAGUACUGUGUAUGAGGAUGUCGAGGGGUGGCUGGAUUACUUGCCGGGUAUGGAAUGA